AGUAAACUUUCAGGCCAGCAUGGUUGGAGUUUUUUGGUUUCCAACUUUGCUGAGCCGCCGCAUUCAAAUUCUCUGGUCGCCCCAGCCUGAUUGUGCUUUUCUAUCCUCCACUCGUUCCUAGAUCGUGUUUCUACAAGAACCAAACUCGAAGCGAGCCGAAUCAUCCUCACCUCUCAUAGUCUUCAACAUGGCAGCUCCAGGUGUUUUACAAGUCGGAAUUUGUGGCGCCGGUGUUGCUGGACUGAGUGCCGCUAUUGCUUUGAGAAAAAUCGGCCAUGACGUUGAGAUCUUUGAGCGCUCUCAUUUCAAGAACGAAAAUGGCGCCGCCGUCUCUAUUCCGCCAAACGGUACUCGGGUUCUGGAGCAUUGGGGAUUUGACCCCAUCAAAGCUGGAGGGAUCGAGAAUAUCCAGGUUCGUCGACCAAAAGGUGACACACUGGAACCAAUGGCCCCAACAUUGAACUUCGCAAAUGCGGAACAACUAUACGGCAAUAAGUGGUUCUUCUACCACCGGGUCGACAUGCAUCGCCGCCUGAAGGAACAAGCUGAGGAAGCUGGGGCGAUCAUCCGGCUGGGAAACCAAGUGAUGGAUGUGGACCCGGAGACUGGGAUUGUAUCAUUGAAGGAUGGCACGAGAGUGCAAAAAGAUCUUGUUAUUAUCGCUGAUGGCCAGCAUGAUCGCUUAAACGCCAAGAUCACCGGCAAGGAAGUCCCCAUGAAGAGGAGCGGCCAGACAGCAUAUCGAUGCCUCAUUCCCAUGAAGGAGAUCCUCGCGGACGAGGAGACCAAGUUCCUGUUCGAGAACCAGCCGCCUGGGUUCUGGGCCCCCGCCUUGCCGUCCAAGGGUGUUAUGGCUGUCACCUAUCCUUGCAGAAACAACGAAAUUCUCAAUGUCUUAGCUGUGCACCGGAGACUCGGUCAGCAUGCAACCAGUGAGGACGAUGUGGUGAUUGAAGACUGGAACUUCCCCGCCACCCACGAGGACUUGGAGAAAGUUCUUGAUGGUUUCCACCCAGCUGUGAAAAAGGUCUUUUUGAAGUCACCCGAGGUCAAGGUCUACACCCAGAUGAAGCGAGAUCCCUUGAGCAAGAUGACCAAGGGCAAGGCUGUCUUGAUUGGCGAUGCCUGCCACCCUAUGCUCCUGACUCAUGCUCAGGGUGUUUCAUCCUCCAUCGAAGAUGCUGCCGCUCUCGAGCUUUUCCUCGCCGACGUCCCAGCCAGCGGAGACGUUACCUCUGCUCCGUCACAGAAACUGCUCCAACGUUUGGCCCAGUUCGAAGCCUUCCGCCUACCCCGAGUUUCAGCGACACAGAUUCUGACAGACCCUGUCGUUCCCGGACCUCAAGCAGCAGCCAACUAUGCAAAGCAAGAGGCCGAAAUCCGAAAAUACUACUCUGGCCCUCUGCCACCCACGGGAUCUAUGCCGCACAGCCCUCCGAUCUGCCAGUUCUUCUUUGGAUAUGAUGUAAGGAAAGAAGCCAUGAAAUUCCUUGCAGACCUCAAGGGCGAGACACAGACGAAUGGCGUUAUCCCGGCACCCUUGGCUGCUCCCACGACACAGGAGACAGUCAUCCCAGCACCAGCACCAGCACCAGCUCCAGUUCAGCCGCUUGCCGAGGUGAGGUCUGUUACACCGCCCGUUACAAAGGAGACAGCCGAUGUCAGCGCAAUGGAACAGAAGAUCAAGGAGCUCGAGCGCAGACUGGCCGAGAUGGAGAGUAAAUUGGCCGGGAUGAGCGUCCAAAUAUCCUUCAGGGAGGUCCAGCCAACGCCACCCGAGUCACCGCCUACCGCGUUCGGGAGAUCCCCGUUCAUCGUCACCGCUCCUUGAACCGAAAUACCUGUUCUAGAGCGGAUUUUAUAAUUUGCAAGGUCCGGGAGGGAAAAGUAUGUUAGUGUAUAACAUGGAGGCUCUGUGGUGGAAGCGGGAGUAACGGAAACUUCAAGACAUGGGAUAUGUGAGCGUCUCGAUAUUAGCGCCAUCUAAUGAAGUACAUUUCUGGUUCAAUUCAUAACUGUUUUGUCUCGCGCAGAGGUGAUCUUAU